AUGUUCGACUUAGUUAAAGGAAAUAAAAACAAAAUAAGAUUCAUUCCCUUUGAGGAAGCCAGUUCCAAUUGCGAUGGCAAUUCAAAAGAUCAAUACACUUCGGUCAAUACUUUGGAGCAAAUGCAAUGGUACGUUUACGACCAUUCGAAGGAACCAAUAGAGUCGCCAGAUCAGGAAAAGACCGGUGAGUUACGUCGUUCUUCUGGUUCUUUCACUUUUUUAAACAAGUUAAGUACUAACCCAGAAACCAGGUUAGAAACUCAAACCAUAUACUUCACAGACCUGAAGACCGGUAAAGCUGGGUUCGUCCAAGUUGUCUACUCGAGCAUGAUGAAUGCUUUGUACAAAGGUUUCCAAUUGAAUUUCAAAUUAUUUGACUCUAACGAUAGAGAUAACCAUUCAAAAGACAUUUGGCAAUCAUUUAAAUUGUCUAAUCUAACUAGUUUCAGUCCUUUGAAAGUAGAAUUUGAUAAUGUCAAAUUCGAAUUCAUUGAAUCCAAAUCUGAUAAAAAAGAAGUAUUCUCCCAACUCAUUGUUCACGUUGACAUCGAAAACACAGAGGAUACAGCUGCAUUGAAGUUGGAUAUGGUUAUUGAUCUAUUCCCAGGUUAUGUUACCAACCCAGAUGGUUGUUCGUAUUACUUAGAGAGAGGUAUUUCCAAAGAAGAAUCAGAGGACAAAUCUGCCCAGUUCUCGUCUAACAAAAUGAUGAGACAUUUGUUUGUCCCUAGAGCUAGAUGCACCGGUAAGCUAUAUUACAAAGACAUAAAAGGCAAUAAUGAGAUCGAACUAGAGUUGGACGACGUUCCUACUUCUUACAUCGACGCUGUUCAAGGGUUACUGCCAAACAAAGCCGCCAGAGCAUGGAAUUUCCUUUGUUACCACAGCAAAUCAUGGUCUAUUUUAUGUAUGGAAUUCACAACUACAGCUGAAUACAAUAAUCAUACCGUGACCACUUGGGCGGUCACAAAGAACGAUAAAUUAGUUAAAGUUUGUUCUGCAGUAGAUAAACACUCUGUGAAGUACUUGAAGACAUCGGUAGACAAAGAGAACAAUUGGAAACCGCCAUCUAAGAUUGAGUUUCCAAUGAAAUUCACCGAAUGUGAUUUGAAUUUGGUCAACAGAUACGAUAUUAUGAACGAGUUACCAUUAGUUGUUAGAAAAAUCGCCCAGAACAUCGCUCAUGUGAAACCAUAUAUUUACCAAUACUGUCAACAAUCGAAAUACGAAAAUGAAAAAGGUAUCUCUAUCAUUGAAAGUACAUUUAUCAGUUGA